CGCACACGUGGAGCAACUAGUCACAUGGCGGCCCCGACGGCGGAGGAGAGCGCGCGGCGCUUCAAGAUGGUCUACGUGGGCGCGUCUUUGGUGGCCAUGCUCAUUUCCACAUACACGACGCUGUACGGGCCUAUGGAGCUCUCAGCGUCCACAUCCGCUCCUCUAAACGCCCGAUCACUGGACCAAUUGACGCAUUCCAACUCUGAGAGUCGCUUCAGGUGGGGCACAUAUCGUCCCGGUUUAUAUUUGGGCCUUCGGUCCCGCACUGCGCCCGAAUUUGUGUCGGCAGGACUAUUAUGGGGGUCACAACUUGAAGACGUAUCACAAAUCCGCCACCAAUGUCGCCAAGAAGACCGGCUUCAACGCUACGGCUGGCUGCAGCACGACGGGACCAAUUUUGGUCUGCAAAAAGUGGAGGACCAAUUCAACCGCCUGGAGCUCAGCACAAGCUACGCUCGCAUACAGACUGAAGAGGUCCAGGGAUGGGCUGCCAGAGUGCAGGCAGCUCCAUUGACGCCCAAGGACGAGAGACUGAGCCGUCGACAGGUGCAGAACAACAAGAUUUCACUCUAUUUCUACGUAGAUUUAGGCUGCGGAGACGAGAGUCUGGAGCUGCAAUGUCGACAGAAGCUUCAGAACUUAAUAGAAGUCACAGCAGAGCCCACGACGCUGCAGUGCGGAGAGCAGAGCGAACAGUGUGUGCAGAUGGUGCUGGAGAGUGAAGGUCCUGAAGGCUACAAGGAUACAGCGCCCCUGAGCUUCCAGAUACAAGUUCAACUGAAGACCCGCUCGUCUGUGCGUGGCGUGGAGCUGCACUUUGCUGGUCUCAAAGACACCAAUGUGGUCAACGUGAAGGACAAGCUGGUGUCGUUGGCUCGACGUCCUGGUGGAGAGAGCAAUAAGGACUUGAAGACCGACAAGGAGAUUCAACUGGAGAAUUUCAUUGAAGAAGGAAGCACGCUGGUUGUGGUGCAGGCUAUUGUGAGUGUGGAUGAUACGUUCAAGGCAGGCGACGUGACGCUGGAUGUGUUGUUUAAUGAAGCUGCGUCGCCUAGUGACAUCGUGAAGACUCCUAUUGACUCUCUCAUUACUGGGAAACUGGCUGAGUACUCGCAGCAGUUCGACGAUAAAUUCGAGGAAACUUUCCACCUCUCAACGAAGACGUGGCCGGAGGAUGGCAUGGAGACCCCGUUCAACGAGAGUCUGGUGACGUUUGCAAAGGCGGCGUUCAGCAACUUAAUUGGAGGCACAGGCUACUUCUACGGCAGCUCGUUAGUGCAGCAUGAUCCGGAGAAGCCAGAGGUUGUCGAAUCACCUGUCAAGCCUCUGUUCACAGCUGUUCCUUCGCGCUCUUUCUUCCCUCGUGGCUUCGUAUGGGACGAAGGUUUCCACCAGAUCGGCAUCUCGGCGUUCGACGACAGUAUUACGCGUGACGUGAUUGCUCACUGGCUUAAUUUGAUGGAAGAAGAUGGCUACAUCGCUCGUGAACAGAUCCUGGGUCAAGAUGCGCGUCGUCGUGUGCCCAGAGAGUUCCUCGUACAGCACGUGGAACACGCUAACCCUCCCACUUUGCUGUUAGCUUUGGAGAAAAUGAUGCUGUGGCACAAGAACGCUGCCUCGGAUCAAGAUCUGAAGACGUUUAUGCGUACCAUCUUCCCGUUUCUGAAGCGCUGGUACAGCUGGUUCUUGAAGACUCAGUACGGCCCUCACGACGCGAGUUUCCGGUGGCGUGGACGCCUCCCAAAUGACGGCAAGCUUAUCUCCAACACACUCUCAUCAGGUCUAGACGACUACCCUCGUGCGUCGCGCCCAAGUGAGAAGGAAAUGCACGUGGACUUGUUGUCGUGGAUGAUCCGCUCGAGUAACGUCAUGGCCAAGCUUGCAGAAUUUAUCGAUCAGGACGCUGACGUUCAGCUCUUUCAGUCGAACAGUGAACACUUUUACAGCGGUCUGGACCAACACCAUUGGAACGAGGAAGCGCAGUCGUACUUUGACGUGGGGGAACAUAGUGAAGAUGGCGUGAUUGAGUACCAAGUUGCUGUGCGCUGUCGCAACGAACAGGGCCAAGUGGUUGACGCUACGGCUCCAAUUGCGCACAUAGAGACCAAGCAAGUCCAGUGUCCGGCCAGCCACCCCAACUUCAUGUUCCCGCUCGGUGACGGUCGUGGUGGACUGCAGAUGCUCCCAGUGUUUGUCCCGCGUAGUACGACACUGCAGCAUGUCAAACACAUCGGCUACGUCAGUGUCUUCCCGCUGCUCUUGAAGGUUCUCCCACCGGACUCGCCCAAGUUACUGGCAUUGCUAAAGCAGAUCACGGACCCAGCGCAGCUUUGGUCACCGUUCGGACUGCGCUCUUUGUCGACGCAGGACCAGUUUUAUGAGCAGGAGAACGCACCUGGAGACAACCCGUACUGGCGUGGAGCUAUCUGGAUGAACGCGAAUUAUCUGGCUUUAGACGCACUGCACCACUACGCGCAACCGAGUACGGGCAGUCCGUUCCAGGCGGAGUUUGCAACGGCGUAUUCUGCACUGCGAGCGAACGUGAUCGCCAAUAUCUACCGUGAGUAUGAACGUACUGGAUACUUGUGGGAGCAGUACAGCGGCGAUAUCCACGCCGGAAAGAAGUAUGGCCAAGGGCAGAGGUGCCACCCUUUCUCGGGCUGGACAGCGCUUGUGGUGAACAUCAUGGCGGAGAUUUACUAGCGGACAAGUUGUGAUGAAUAGCUUAUCAUGAACAUGAAUGGGUGUGAAGGUCGAUGCGCACUUAUAAAUGUAGUUGCUGUUUGUUGGUUAAUUGACGUGGUUACUGUA